AUGCUGUACCCGCCCAAUCAGCCCGUCUACCAGCAUUUGGGCAUCUCCAACACGGUCUCAACCGGUGUGCUGCGUAAAAUCGGCUUCGUUCUACUGAUCGUUGCCCUCGUCGCAGUGGCGGCCCGAAAGUCGUGGAUCGAGCCGCAAAAUGGUCACAUCAGUCACCCCAACCGUUACCGUAAAGAUACCAACGACGCGUGCCCUUCCAACCGCCCGUUUGUCUGCUACGUCUUCGAUGAGCUGGAAAAGCCUUAUCCUGAACUGUCUGGCCCCAAGGAUACGCAGGUAUGGCAG